GGAUUCGAUUUCCGACCAGGAAUAUAAUCCUUCUGACAAACCAUUGUCAAACACUUCCAAAGCUCCCAAGAUGAUCCAAUUGGUAUCCAUCCUCCUCCUUGCAGCAGCUUGCUCUGCUACUCCAGUAGGCCUCUACCAUGGAGCUGUCGUUGCAGGUCCAGCAGUAAAGGGACAUGCUUACUCCACCCAAAUCCAGCACGGAGCUGCUUUCCAUGCCGCUCCCGUUGCCCAUGCAGCUCCUCUCUUGGCCGCCCCAGUCGCACACCACUCUGCUGUGCUCCCAGCUGCACCUCUUGCCGUACAUGCCGCAGCCCCAGCUCUGACCUACGCCACUAAAUACAGCCAUGUAGCUGCUGCACCAGCUGUCGUAGCCCACCAUGCCGCCCCAGCAGUCUAUUCUGCCCCAGUUGCACACCAUAGCGCCGUCAUUGCUGCCCCAACUUUUACCUCAUCUUCUUAUUCCACCAAGAUCAACCAUGCUGCCCCAGCCCAUGCUGCUGUUGUGGCCCACGCUGCUCCAGUCGCCUACGCCGCCCCUGUUCACCAUGCUGCACCAGUUGCCUAUGCCACUUCUGUCCACCACGCUGCUCCAGUUGCCUAUGCAGCCCCUGUCCACACCGCGAGAUACGCUUAUGCCGCCCCUGCACAUCACGUCGCUGUUAACUAUAAGGGUACCCCCUACGUCCACUAAGAACUUUCUUUCAUCUUAAGGAUUGCCGAAUUGGACUUUGGAAAAUGAAUGUGUGACCUAUGAAGUUGUUAAGCAACUUUAUUAAUUAAGGUACACACAUGACAUAACCUCAUAAUUUCAUGUAUUUAAGUACAAUAAUGAUUUGAUAAGUUACUAUUAAAAUUUA